AUGUUUGCAGCAAUCUUGAAAGGUCUGAAAAAGAAGGGAAUCGUUCACCCCACAGCCAUUCAAAUCCAGGGAAUUCCCACCAUUCUCUCAGGCCGGGAUAUGAUCGGUAUCGCCUUCACAGGUUCAGGAAAGACUCUGAUCAUCAUGUUCUCUCUGGAGCAGGAGAAGAAGCUGCCCUUCUGUAAGAGUGAAGGACCCUACGGUCUCAUCAUCUGUCCCUCAAGAGAGUUGGCUAAACAGACCCACACCAUCAUAGAAUACUACUGUAAGCUGCUGGAGGAAGAAGGGGCUCCACAUAUGAGAUCAGUCCUCUGUAUAGGAGGCAUGUCUGUCAAGGACCAGAUGGAGGUGGUCAACCACUGUACGUUCUGUGGUGGUCUUGGUCAUCGUAUCACAGACUGUCCCAAACUGGAGGCCAUGCAGACCAAACAGGUCACCAACAUCGGACACAAAGACUACCUGGCACACAGCUCCAUGGACUUCUGA